GUUUCUGUUCCAGAUGAUCGGACUGAACAACGAACCUGUCUCAUUUGUGGGGACCGUGCUACAGGCUUGCACUAUGGGAUCAUCUCCUGUGAGGGCUGCAAAGGGUUUUUCAAGCGGAGCAUUUGCAACAAACGGGUGUAUCGGUGCAGUCGUGACAAGAACUGUGUCAUGUCUCGGAAGCAGAGGAACAGGUGCCAGUACUGCCGCCUGCUCAAAUGCCUCCAGAUGGGGAUGAACCGGAAGGCUAUCAGAGAAGAUGGCAUGCCUGGAGGCCGGAAUAAGAGCAUUGGGCCAGUCCAGAUUUCAGAAGAAGAGAUCGAAAGGAUCAUGUCCGGACAGGAGUUUGAGGAAGAGGCCAAUCACUGGAGCAACCAUGGUGACAGUGACCACAGCUCCCCCGGGAACAGGGCUUCAGAGAGCAACCAGCCCUCACCAGGCUCCACACUGUCCUCCAGAUCUGUGGAACUAAAUGGAUUCAUGGCAUUCAGGGAACAGUACAUGGGAAUGUCUGUGCCUCCACAUUACCAAUACAUACCACACCUUUUUAGCUAUUCUGGCCACUCACCACUUCUGCCCCCACAAGCUCGCAGCCUGGAUCCCCAGUCAUACAGUCUGAUUCACCAGCUGUUAUCAGCUGAGGACCUGGAGCCAUUGGGCACACCCAUGUUGAUUGAAGAUGGAUACUCUGUGACACAGGCAGAACUAUUUGCCCUGCUUUGCCGCCUGGCCGACGAGCUGCUCUUUAGACAGAUUGCCUGGAUCAAGAAACUGCCUUUCUUCUGCGAGCUCUCAAUCAAGGAUUACACGUGCCUCUUGAGCUCUACGUGGCAGGAGCUAAUCCUGCUAUCCUCCCUCACUGUUUACAGCAAGCAGAUCUUUGGAGAGCUGGCUGAUGUCACUGCCAAGUACUCACCCUCUGAUGAAGAACUACACAGAUUUAGUGACGAAGGGAUGGAGGUGAUUGAGCGGCUCAUCUACCUCUAUCACAAGUUCCAUCAGCUAAAGGUCAGCAAUGAGGAGUAUGCUUGCAUGAAAGCAAUUAACUUCCUAAAUCAAGAUAUCAGAGGUCUGACCAGUGCCUCACAGCUGGAACAGUUGAACAAACGAUACUGGUACAUUUGCCAGGAUUUUACUGAAUAUAAAUAUACACAUCAGCCGAACCGCUUUCCUGAUCUCAUGAUGUGCUUACCUGAGAUUCGCUAUAUUGCAGGAAAGAUGGUGAAUGUGCCCCUGGAGCAGCUGCCCCUCCUCUUUAAGGUGGUGCUGCAUUCCUGCAAGACAAGUGUGGGCAAAGAAUGACCUGUUCCCAGUGCCCUCCUCAGGCCGACCACCUCGCCUUGGGUGGGCAGGAUGGGCUCUGGAGGAAAAAGCCAGAGAGACCAAGAUGGAGGCCGUGGAGCAGCAUUUCCAGUUGCCUCCACAGCAAGAAGAGUUUUUGUUUGUUUGUCUGUUUUUUUAACCUCAUUUUUCUAUAUAUUUAUUUCACGACAGAGUUGAAUGUAUGGCCUUCAACAUGAUGCACAUGCUUUUGUGUGAAUGCUGCCGAUACAUCUUCUUACAGUUUACAGAUGUGAAGAUGUUUAAUGUGACAGUGUUGUCAUUGUUUAGAAAUAGUUCUUUUGUAUUUUGAGGGAGAGGGUGGGAUGGGGCUAAGAUGACUAUUUCCAUAAUGUUAACAAAGAUGACUACCUCAAUGGAAAUAGGGGGUGUGUCCAUCCCUACUUUUUCCACAUUUUCUCAGCAGACUCAUACAUUUGUCUGUCAGAGAGCAAAUUGCCUUUUUUAAGCCACAGAAUUGCCAGGUAAAAGGGCACACUGUAAAGGGGCAACGUGUUGUUAGGAGAUUGACUAAGCAGGGUUGGCGAGACGGCAACAGGACAGGGGUGAUGACUGCGCCAUGUGCUUUCCUUGGAAAGCAUGAAGAUUAAGAGAGUAGGACACAGUGACCAAAUUUAAGGCAGGUUUCCUUCCACCCAAGAAGUCCUAGUGGCAGAAGAGUGUCUGUUCUCACACAUUGCUGCCCCUACCCCUGCACCACCACUGUCACCGUCUACCACUGUGAACUUUCCAUCUAGGCAAAGUCCUGGCAAUCAGUUGAUCCACAGGACUUGCCUCCCAGCUCCCUUGGGGCCACCAGCCACCUAGUUUCUUUACCUAGAUUUCCUGAGCUCUACCUUUCUCCUUCCUGCUCCCUUAACAUAUUUGAUUUCCUACUGGCCCUUUGAAAAACCAGCUGAGCAGAAUGCCAUGUUCUGAAUCCUGGUGCCCACUACUGAUUUAUUCUCCUUUCACCUUGUUUUCUUCAAAGGGUAGUAGGGCAAGGCCAGACUGUGAAAAGAAUAGACACUCCUCUUGUGAAAUCCCCUGUUCCUCUCCCCACCCCUUCCUACCGCUCCCUCAGGUCUGAAUCCAAAACCUGCAGUCUUUUGUAAGCAGUGGGAAGGACCAUUCACCUGUCUGCUGACCAGAAGUGUUGCUCCUAAGUUCUUCUCCAAGUUCUCCGUUUCUCUCCAGAGUGAGACCAGUUCUCCUCAGGGACCCAGAACACAAAGCCCAAGGCCCAGAGUGGCCCAGCUGCCCCUUACUUCAGCAGUAGGACAGACCAGCCAAGGCCUGGAGGGCUGGAGCCAGAAAUACCUGGAAGGGAAGGGGGGCUUUAAACUACCUCAGGUUCCUGAUGGCCUGGCUGCUCCUCUGCAGACAUGGCCUGGACUCCUUGUUCUUUCACUACCUGCCCCACCUCAUCCCAGGAAGUGUUCCUUACCCUCUUGACCCUGGCCAGUGCCACACCAGGUCUGUCUUGGAACUCUUUGAGGUGCUUUUCUCCUUUUUGCCUUAAUGUAAUAGUUAUCCUGCCUGCACGAGGUACCUUCCACAGCCGGUGUGGCAAGCAGACCUCUUAGCUGGCUGCAUGCCUGAGUGGGUUGGAGGCCCACGGCUCCUCCCUUGCCUAUUUAGUCAAAGGCUGUUUGCUCUCUCCCCAACUCAGCCUAGUAAAGCUACCCAGGAGGCCACCAUGUCGUGUGCAUGGGUAGUCCAUGUUUGAUUGUAACUUCUUCUGUCUGGUGAAAUGUUAUGGGUACCAGCAGAGUGAUGAUUUUGCCCCUUGAUGGAUCUAAAACUCAGAGCAUUACACCUCGAUGCUAUUUCCCUGGUUGCUCUGAGAAACAGAAAAGACAUGUUCCUCAGGAAAAGCUCCAGCUAGCAUGUUGUUCACAUCAGUGGGAAGAUUUUUGUAUGUUCAUGUGUAUCUGUUUAUUUCUAAGUUCACGAUACUUGUUCCCCUGAUUUUUUUUUUUAAUAUAUAAUUUAAUCAACUAGAUCACAUUCUUUGGCCACAGGUCAGACUCUGAGCUGCUUUCCUCCACAUUGGGAAGGAAACGCAUAUCAUAGACCCUUUCUCUUAGACAGCUCCUGCGUACAGCAUCUUUCUUUGCGGAGGCCUCCAUCUGUCCAGCUAUUAUUUUUGAAAUUGCUUUUCAAAUUAAACAUUUUACCCGUUGUGUUGGGUGUCAAAGGGAAUUGCUCUCUGAUGAGGCAAGAACGUGUCUCUCCAAUAACAUAGUAUUAAACAGAGCAAGUUGUUAAUUUGUGGAGUGGGGAAAAGGUUCUGCAAGUUGCCAUUGUACAAAUCCAGUUUUACAAAUGUUUGCAGCAGAUUCCACAGAACAAAGAGCCCAUUCAUUGCUGAGAGCCCUGCAGAAUCUCUGAGCCAAGUGGCCGUGUGUUCCGAGCCGGAGCCUGACCUGUGGACCGUCUUUAAUGUCUUCUGCACCCAGUCCUUUUAUGACGUGGGCUUUUUUUAAACAGGGUAAAGUGAAUGUGUUGCAUUGGAAACUCAGGUAUUAUGCGGAGAAGGUAGGAGUGUAGCUAGCAGCGUGGAGACAUUAGGUCAGCCACUAGAUGUAUUUGUGAAUUUGGUUUGAAGGACACAGAGAAAGGUUGGAGGGGGAGGUUUGGUGUGUUUGUUUUUUGCCUUCCCAUAAUGUUUGGUUAACAGGUAGCCUUUUGAUUGUGGAAGGAGAGAAAGUUGUUCAUGUUUUCUCUAAUUCCUCUCUCUGUCCUCUCUCUGAUUCAACCACCAAAAGCAAUCACUUUGAGUGAGAAUUUCUACGCCAUAAAAAUAUGACUCUGAAAGCCACGUGGAAAAGGAGAAUCCCACCUCCUUGUACUACGUUGAAACAUGCAAGCCUUUCCCUCCCUCUCCUUUUUGAUGUUUUCUUGUCCCAAGACAAAAGUUUGGCAUGUUGGAACUUAUUCGUGCUCUCUGGCUACCUUUGUAGACUUUUGGAGUCCUUUGCAAGGUUUGGUGGUCUUGCCCUUAAUCUGGAGAAAUUCCCCAGAACCUGUCUCAAAGCACUCAGCCUGGCUCAGAGGACACCCAGCCAGUAUGCUCCGCUCACAAGAGCAGUGGGCAAGCCCCCAGGGAGAGGAGCAAGUAGGCAGGAUCCUCCCUGUCCUGUUCCCCAGAACCAGAGCAAGGAAUGGGGAAUCCUAAGGGUUUCUGUGGCAUCACUGAACAUUGCCCACUCCACAUCAGCCUGCCUCUCACCUGCCACUCUUUUUCAGGGAAGUGAGUACCUGCCAUGGUCAGUGUCACCAGAUCCUUAAAAUCCUGGGCCCUGAGCUGGCUGCAUUGCUCUGUUACCCAUUUCCUGUAUUUGUUUGUUUGUUCUUGAUUUCCUGGGGGAAUGAGACCAAUAGAGACAGACAAACCCAGUGUGGGCAGCAUCUAAGCCAUGUCCAAGUUUGGCCAAAUUCAGGGAACCCUACCUUUCAGCAGGACAGAAGGCUGAGCAGUGGUUCCAGGCCCUCCACGUUGGGCCCCUGGUGUAUGUCUUUUUUCCUUGUUGCUUUUGAAAUUUUUGCAAUUGUUUUAAGAAUCCAGUCUUUCAGACCAGCCCUUUUAUUAAACUUUGAUUUUUUUAAUUAAUUUUUUAAAAGUAAAAAAAAAAUGAAAAAACAAAAAAAAGUUUAACAAAAAACCGCUACUCUUCCUCCCUCGCCUCCCCACCCUACUCCAUGCGCAUUCCCUUGCACUCCCCUCUGCCUUUGCAGCUGAAGCAUCUAUGUCCAGUGUCUGUGAAAUGAUGUUUUAUCUGUGUGUCAGGAUGAGAAAUGGCAGUCAUUCCACCAGGUGCUGGAAACUGGUUAGCCUGGAGACAAGGGUUUCUGGGGCCACAGCUCAGGGAUGUGUAUUUAAUUACAGGGUCCCCAGAAACUCCUCUCUAGGCUGCUAUGGCAACAUUUUUUCUGGGCUUGGGAGCCAGACCUGAACUGUUUCCUCCAAGGUGAGAGCCCUAGAGAGCCUGCCGGGUCUGGAGCAAGCUAGGGCUUCUGCUUGCCAGACCUGGGCCACCAUGAAACUUGAAGGCUUCUAGCUGUCCUAUGACAUGAGCCACAGUGGCCCUGCCUCUACCAGCUCAUAGAAGUCUGGUCCCUCUGUCUAGUCCGUUCCUUAUAUGGCAUCCGUCUUCUGGGCCUGCAGCCCUAAAUGGGCCACAGCCUGCACGGGAAUCAACUGUAGGCUCAAAAGGAAGCGGUGAAUAAGGUCAGAGCCCUCUCCAAGCCCAAGAGCAAAAGUUGUGUUGCUGGUGGAGGCUAGUCUUCCAGACUUAGCCCUGCCAUCUGUGCCCUUUGAUGACUAUUGCUUUUUUUCUCUAAAAUGUCUUGUAAUAGGUGAUUAUUUGUUGACUCAAAUUUCCAUGAAAAAGAAAAAAAAACUACCUCUUAAGUGACAUCCUCAUGGUUCCUCUCUGAGGAUUCCUGUGGGAAAAGAAUACUGUAGCUCCUGCUCUGUGUAUGCGUUUCUGUCGGGGAAAGAAGCCCCACCUGCCCUGGGGUGCUGGUGUUUUUGUCUGUGUUGCCAUCCUAGGUCUGCCAUAGGGGCUGGUGACUGCACUGUACUGUCUGGACUGUGUGUGGAGAUUCCUUCCCACCUUCCCAGCCAGGGACUAGUCAUGCCCCUUGAAGAGACCUCCAUUUCCUUCCUGUGCUCCAGGGCAUAGGGAGCACCACUCCCACAGGCACUACCUUUAGGGGCUCUGAUGGCACACGCAUCCAGGAGCCUAUCCUCGUGUUACCUGUCCUAGUUCUGCUUCCACCCACAGUCCUGUGUGUAGGAAUCAGGAAACGGGAUGUCUCUGAGCCCUUGUCCCCAAAGGGCCGGCCAAGGGCUGCCCGCCAGCCUGGCUUCAUCAACCCUGCAUGACCAAAUGAUAGCUGGCGGGCUGUGCAGGCUACCCUGGCCCUCUGCUACCUCCCACCCUGCCAGCUGGCAAGGGAUGGGCUCUGCUCUGUGAAUUGACUACCUGUGGAAAUGUGACCAAUUAGUGUGAAAUGCAUGUUUAGCAAAUGUUAGAUACUGUAUUGAAUCAAUAAAUGUGAAUGCUUCUGCA